GAUUCGCUUACGCCAAAGGUAGCUGCGUAGGCUAGUCGUUCUGAAGCCUGCAACCACGCAAACACACACGUCGGUUUUGCCUUCCUUGGGCUAGAGCCGCGCGCAGCCGGCGCGUGGGAUCGCGGUGGCGUUGCAAUGCUCGUGACAUGUCUAGGACACACGCGGGUGCAGGAUGCACGGCUGCUGUUGGUGCUGCGGUCGCGACUUGGCGCCAAUGCAGCACUGCACCGCCAGAGCUUCAGUGCCGCUGCGGCGCCUCAGCCGGAAGCUGCUUUUGGGGACGCUGCGUCAACGGCCGGAGCAGCCGGCGACGCGGACGCGCCGCUGGGCAGGGGCUCCACGGCCACGGGCGCAGCCGGGCGGCGUGUGCCUGGUGCGGCGCUGCAGCGCUUUGGUCGUGACCUGACGGAGGAGGCCCGGAGGGGGCUGCUGGACCCCGUCAUUGGGCGGCAGGACGUCAUCGCGAGGACACUGCAGAUCCUGCUGCGCCGCACCAAGAACAACCCGGUGCUGGUAGGGGAGCCGGGCGUGGGCAAGACGGCGCUGGUGGAGGGCAUUGCGCAGCUCAUCGCCUCAGCCGCGGCGCCGCCAGGGCUGGCUGGCAAGCGGGUGGUGGCGCUGGACGUGACGGCUGUGCUGGCGGGCAGCAGCUACCGCGGCGAGUUUGAGGAGCGGCUGCAGGCGGUGGUGGCGGACGUGGCGGCGGCGAGAGGCAACGUCAUUUUGUUCGUGGACGAGAUGCACAUGCUGGUGGGUGCGGGCGGUGCGGAGGGCGGCCUCGAUGCUGCAAACAUCCUGAAGCCGGCACUGGCCCGCGGGACGCUGCGCUGCAUCGGCGCCACCACCCUGGACGAGUACCGCAAACACGUGGAGUCGGACCCGGCCUUUGCACGCCGCUUCCAGAGCGUUCUUGUGGAGGAGCCGGGCGAGGCGGAGGUGGUGGGUUGGCUGCAGGGACUGGCUCCGCGCUACGAGCAGCAUCACGGAGUGCUCUUCACACGAGCAGCACUGCGGGCCGCCGCCGGUUGCGCCAAGCGCUACGUGACGGAGAGGCGGCUGCCGGACAGCGCCAUCGACCUGAUGGACGAGGCGGCGGCGCACGUGGUGCUGAGGCGGGCGGCGGAGGCGGCGGAGGCGGAGGCGGCGGAGGCAGGGGGGUCUGGGGAGGUGGGCAUGUCGGGCUGGGCCACGUCCUCCUACGUGACUGGCGGCUGGCGCCGCCAGCCCACGGACCUGCAUUACCACAGCGAGGAGGCGCCGGCGGCGGAGGCGCCGGCGGCGGCGGUGGUGGCAGGAGAGGGGCAGGCAUCGAGGGCGAGCGCUGAAGCAAGCCAGCAGACGGGCGACCGACACGCCAGCGGGGUGCUGAGGGAAGGGCAGCAGGCGCCGCCGCACCGCCAGCACCUGGCGCUGCGCCAGGCUGGGCCCACAGCCGGCACCGCCGCUCCUGAUGGCGGCGUGCACGCAGCCCGCCCUGACAGUACCACCAGCAGUAGCAGUAGCAGUAGCAGUAGCAGUAGCAGUAGCAGCAGCAAUGCAGCCCGCCCUGACAGUACCACCCGCAGUGGCAGCAGUCCCAACGCCUGCGGCACGUCGUCUGCGGCAGCGGCGGGUGUGGAGGUGCCGACCAGCGGCUUCACGGCACUGGAGUCGGAGCUGCGGCGGGUGCUGGCAGACGACGCAGGCCGCAUACUGCGACCCCUGGAGUCGCUGCCGCAGCCGCAGCCGCAGCCGCAACAGCAGCAGCGGCCUGCGGCAAGGAGUAACGUUGGAGAGGGAAGCGGCUGCGCCGGGCAAUCGGGGCGGGGGGAAGGCGCGGGAGCGGCGGCCGCAGGAGUGGGGCGGGAUUGCGGUAGCUGCGACGGCCCUGGCAGCAGCGCGACGGCUGCGCCUGGCUGUGGGGGUGGAGCUGUGCCGUCGUCACUUAGGCGGUCGGAUGCUCCUUGGCGGCCGCCGGGCCCUAGCGCCAACGGCGCUGCGACCGCCGCUUCAGGCGGCGCGCCGCUGCGCGACUGGCGCAGUUGGGUGUCGGCUCAGGGGCGGCAGAGCUGGGAGGAGGCGCGGCAGCAGCAGCUGCUGGAGUGGUUCGGAGCCACACCGGAGCGAUCCAAGGGCGGCGUGGAGGGCUGGGUGGAGAUGACACGGGAACGGCAGCGGCGCCAUGCCGAGAUCUUCGGGUAUGGGGCCCCGGUGGUGGCGGCGGCGGCGUCUGGUGCGGCUGGCGGCGGCGGCGUAGCGGCGGAGGCGGCAGCGGAGGCUGAGGCGGAGGCGGCGUAUGCGCGGGUGGUGGCGUCUGCGGCGGCGGUUGAUGAUGCGGAGCGGGAGGCGGUGGCGGCGGAGCGGGAGGUGCCAAAGGCCUGUCCGCACUGUGGCACGCUCGUCACCGCGGGACGAGACGUGCUGCGGCUGCAGUGCCCCAACUGCACCACCCGCUUUCUCAACAUAGCUCCCGAUAAGCUACUGCUCGGCACCAGCGUGCUACUGCCGCUGCGGCAGCUGCAGCAGCGGCAGCAGCAGCAGCCAGAAGGGUCCCGGAUGCAGCCAGCCGCCGCACAGACGGAGCCCGGCGCCACUAGCAGCAACGGUGGUGCUGCUGCAUCCGCCGGGGCUGCGGCGAAGGGCGGGCACCAGCAUGCAGGGGCGGCGGCAGCCGCUGCUGCCGACACGGGCGCGCCUGCUGCUAUCGUGGCCGCAGGCCCCACACACGUUGCGCACGACCUUACCCUUGACGACAUCCAUGAAGAUUUUACGGACGACGACGUCGACGGUGACGAGGACGACGCUGAUAUAAAUGAUGACGACCUGAUCGCAACAGCGGCAGUCGGCGCUAGCGGCACCGUGGACCCGAAGGCACUGGUGGUGGACGAGCUGGCGGUGCUGGAGGUGGCGGCGCGCGCCGCCGGGCUGCCGUUGGCCGCGGUGCUGCGCGACCAGCGCGGCGCGCCCGUGUCGCACCUGCGGGCGGCGCUGGAGGCGGCAGUGGUGGGGCAGCGUGAGGCGGUGCGCGCCGUGUGCACCGCCGUGCAGCUGCACAGACUGGGUCUCGCGGCCACCGCAGCGGCGGCGGCGGGAGCAGGGGCGGCGGCAGCGGGCGGGGAGGGGUGGCAGAAGUGGCGGGGGCAGCAGCAGCGGCCGGUGGCGAGCUUCCUGUUGGAGGGGCCGCCGGGCGUGGGCAAGUCCACGCUGUGCAAGGCCCUGGCCACCGAGCUCUUCCACGACCCCGCCGCGCUGCUGGUGCUGCAUGGUGGCGAGCUGGCCUCCCGCACCGCAGUCAGUCGCCUGGUGGGCGCCGCCCCCGGCUACGUGGGCUUCGGCACCGGCGGCCUGCUGACUGAGGCGCUGCGGCGGCGGCCCGCGGGCGUGCUGCUGGUCCAGGGGGUGGACAGGGCGCAUUUCGAGGUCCAGGAGCUGCUGCUGCGCGGCGUGCAGGACGGCGUCAUACGGGACGGGCAGGGCCGCGCCACCUCCCUGCGCAACACCAUCGUGGUGCUCACCGCCAGCGCCACGGCCGGUGGGCAGCCGCCGCCAGCUGCUGCGUGGUCGCCAGUAGCACACAGCGGGGCACAGGCGGUGGCAGCGGCGGCCCGGCGCCCCGCGGGCGCCACCAGCGGCAACACCAACGACAGCGGCAGCAGUUUGGGAGUUCUCGGCGGUGGUGCCGCAGAGGCAGCAGAGGCGGCCUCCGCCUCCAAUGCCGGCCCUUCCUCCGCGGCGUCAGGCAGUAGCGGUGCCGGCUACUGGAGCGGCAGUAGCAGCAGCAGCAACAGCGGCAGUAGCAGCAGCAGCAGCAGCAGCAGCAACAGCGGCAGUAGCAGCGGCAACAACAGCGGCAGUAGCAGCGGCGGAGGACAGCACGGGCAGCUGCUCCCGGAGCUGUGGGCGGGCGUGGACCGUGUGGUGCGCUUCGCGCCGCUGACGGCUGCAGAGCGAGUGGAGGUGGUGAGGCGCCAGGUGUCAGACAUGGCGACGCAGCUGGCGCCGGCUGGGGUCGCCGGCAUUCACCUCAGCCCCGAGGCCGCAGCAUGGCUGGCCGGCGCGGCGGCGGCGGUGGCUGUAGCGCCAGGGGUAGCGGCGGCGGGCGGUGGAGGCAUGGCGGCGGGCGCUGACGUGCUACGGCGUCAGCUGUUGGAGCCGCUUGCGGAGCAGCUGGUGGCGGGGCCGGCAGCGGCGGCGCUGGCGGCGGCGGAGGAGGAGGAGGCGGCAAGGGGGCGAGGCAAGGGGCGGGGCAAGGGGCGGGCGCGUGUGCCGAGGGUGGUGGUGCAUGUGGGCGUGGCGUCGGGUGGUGGCGGCAUCGAGUUGCAGGUGGCGCGGGCACAGCUAGGCCAGGAGGCAGCGGCGGCGGUGGCGGCAGCUAGGCACGAGCGCAACUAGAGAGCUUCGGUCCUGCAUGGGUCUCUGGUCUGGAAGUUCGGAAGGCGCCCGAAAGAAGCGCAUGUCUAGCAAGUACUGUAGUCAGGCACUGCAGGUGUCCGCAGUCGACAGCGGGGAGGUAGGCGCACACGUGCAUCCCCAAAUUGCGUUGCGUCACUGUCCAUCAAUGCUCGCUCCAUCACAGCUGCCGGCCAUUCGCUCCGUCGCACAGCAUGUGUCGAAUGCGGAGCGGCGGAGGUAGGUUCAGCAUUUGUGCC